CCCGCUUCCAAAAUGGCAGCGGCGGCGGUGUCUGGGGCGCUUGGACGGGCAGGCUGGAGGCUUCUGCAGCUGCGGUGCCGGGCCGUGUCCCGCUGCCGACCUCUGGUGCCACGUGCCUUCCAUGCUUCAGCUGUGUGGCUGCAGUCUUCAGAUGAGCAGAAGCAGCAAACUCCCCCACCUCAUUCUCAGCAGCGCUCUGAAACACAGAGGCCGGAAGAGCCCAAUCCAGAGGCUUCUCGUUCACCUCCCAGGUACACAGACCAGGGUGGCGAGGAGGAGGAGGACUACGAGAGCGAGGAACAGCUGCAGCACCGCAUCUUGACGGCAGCCCUGGAGUUCGUCCCUGCCCAUGGGUGGACAGCAGAGGCCAUCGCGGAAGGAGCCAAGUCCCUGGGGCUCUCCAGUGCAGCAGCCAGCAUGUUUGGGGAUGAUGGCAGUGAGCUGAUACUGCACUUUGUGACCCAGUGCAACGCUCGGCUCACUCGUGUGCUGGAAGAGGAGCAGAAGAUGGUACAGCUGGGCCAGGCAGAGAAGAGGAAGACAGACCAGUUCCUGAGGGAUGCAGUGGAAACCAGGCUGAGAAUGCUGAUCCCGUACAUUGAACACUGGCCCCGGGCCCUCAGCAUCCUCAUGCUCCCUCACAACAUCCCGCCCAGCCUGAGCCUGCUCACCAGCAUGGUGGACGACAUGUGGCAUUACGCUGGGGACCAGUCCACAGAUUUUAACUGGUACACCCGCCGAGCUGUGCUGGCUGGCAUCUACAACACCACGGAGCUGGUGAUGAUGCAGGACUCCUCCCCAGACUUCGAGGACACUUGGCGCUUCCUGGAAAACAGGAUUAAUGACGCAAUGAACAUGGGCCACACUGCCAAGCAGGUAAAGUCCACCGGAGAGGCACUGGUGCAGGGACUCAUGGGUGCUGCAGUGACGCUCAAGAACCUGACGGGUCUAAACCAGCGCCGGUGAGAAGGAAGGGAUGUCGGCUGGAGUGCCCAGAAGAAAA